UUUAUGCGUAUGUUUAGAAGGGGAUUUGCGUGUGUUUGACAGCAGCAAAACGGUUUCGUCACCCAAAUAUACUGCAUAUGUAUGCAUUUAUAUGUAUUUAUCACCUAUAAGACAAAUCCGUCGGCUAAAAACAUACAAUCUCCUCAGAACAAAACAAAAAUAAACCCAAAAACCUGAGGAACGAGACGAACAAACCCAAAGCAACCUGAGAGAAGAAGAAGAGAGAAAGAGAAGGAACCGAAGAAAACAUCGAAAAUGGAAGAAAUUCUCAUACUGCAAAUGGGAGGCACGAUCGACAAGGACUACCCGAAGACCAAGGCAGGCUACAGCUUCGAAGUGGGAGAACCUGCCGUGAGAAGGAUCUUGUCCCGUCUGCGUCCCUCACGGUCCAUCAUCACGAAGAUCGAGACCGUUUGUCGGAAGGACAGUCAGGAUGUGACGGAUGAGGAUAGGUCGGAAUUGCUGGAAAAGGUCACGGGAGCGACCCAGAGCCGCCUGGUGGUGACCCACGGAACCGACACCCUCAUCAAGACGGCGACCUUCCUUGCCAACGGCCUCAGGGAUCGUGGGGUCACCGCCAAGACCGUCGUGUUCACGGGGUCUUUUUCGCCCGAGAAAUUCAGAGACACAGACGCGGACUUCAACGUGGGCG